GACUUAAUAUUGACUCUUCCUCUUUUUUUCCCCCUUCUCUCGUUUGCUUCCCAUCCCCCCACUCGGUUUGAAUGCCGAUGUCACCAGCAGCUCCGCUUACGGAGCCGAAAGUGCAGAAGCAAAAGCGCAGGAAAUUCAUCCAUUUAACAAAAGCGAAGGCGGCCUCUGCCUAAAGCGCCAGGAGGCUGAAAAAGAUCCGAAAUAGAAACCUUCUGCUCCGGUUCGAUUUGCACACGCUUUUCCGCUCCACCUACACUUGCCCCAUCAGAACAUGGCAAGUGGGCAUCCCAUUGACUCAUUUGCUUUCAUGUACAGACCCGAAAGCUCUCAGAACACAAAGAGUAAGCUUCGACCGUCUUCCAGCAUGAAUCCUGUUUAUAGUCCAGUGCAGCCGGGCACGGCGUACGGAAACCCCAAGACUAUGACGUACCAAGGCUAUCCUGCAGGUUAUCCCACCACGGCUCCAGCGUACACACCUAAUAUCUACCAGACCGGCACUCCGGGAUACCCUCCAGGAUACACAACAGGAACUCCCUAUAAGGUGCCUCCGGCACAGACGAACGGAGCCCCUCCACCGUACUCGGCGUCCCCGAGCCCCUACUCCACGGCCAUGUAUCCCAUCAGAAGUGCCUACCCUCAACAAAACCUCUACGCUCAGGGCGCGUAUUAUUCCCAGCCGGUGUUUGCGCAGCCGCAUGUAAUCCAUCACACCACGGUGGUGCAGCCCAACAGCCUGCCGUCGGCCAUCUACCCAGCGCCGGUGCCUGCUGCCCGGCCUAACAGCGUGCCUGUGGGUAUGCUGAGUGGCUCCACCAUGGCCAUGUCUGCAGGGCCUCUGCUCACCACACCACAGCACACGCAACACAUCGGCACUCACCCGGUCACCGUGCCAACGUACAGGCCACAGGGGUACAGCUACGUACCUCCGCACUGGUAGAGAUGCCAGCCCACUACAUAUCUGGAGUUCACAUUGUUCACAUUUCCAGUCUUCGUGGACGCAGCCUCCAGCACCGGGCCACAGAGUCCUUCUGCGAGUACAAAUACUGAACGAGCAACGGUCACUUUAUGUGUUCUUGGCGAUUUCGUUAAAGCUGCUCACUCGAUCGAAAUUUGUUCAGUUUUUGUGUUACGUUAAAAAUCCCUGACCAACAUCUACCAGCAGUUAAAACACACACACAGAAAAUUCAAUUCCACUGAACAGCAGUGAGCAUUUUGCUGCUGUUAACACUGAGUCCCGUGCUACACUAGUACUUUCUCUAACAGUCUGAAUGUACACAUUUGCUUAUUACGCAAUGUAACACUUCGGUUUGAGUUCAGGGUUUUUAUUUAUUUAUUUACUUUUUCAUUUCUGCACUGCUCUUUUGAAAAGGGCUGUGCUUUUUUUUUUUUUCUCUCUUCUUUGUCAAAAUUUGCCUUUGAGAAAAGGUUGGACCCCCCCCAUCUCCCAGCACAUAACUUGGGUCUUCCUGCUUAUGCUAGUUUGCAUAAUUUGGGGACUCAGUAUCAAUCAUUUUCAUCUGGGAAAUGGUACUGCCAUUCGAGUAGAUGCACAAUUUUUAGAGAAAGUUUCAGCGGUUUAACCGUCUGUCAUGGACGUUAAAGUGGGUUAGCAUUUAUUUUUAUUUUUUUUUAGUGGGUUUUAAAUCAUUAAAUCAGGUAACCAGAUUUAUUGGGCACUUCAAGUGGAGUAGGUGACGCUUGAAGUGAAUUAGCAGGACACUUCAAGUGCGUUAGGACAUUUAAGUGGGUUAACCAGCUUUGGUGGUUAUUAUCAUCGUUUCGGUGGUCUAUUAAGCAGCAUCAUUAGACACUUUAAGAGGGGCAGCUAGUUUUAGUGAAAUUUUCAAGGGGGCUAUCUGGGUUUAAUAGGCAUUUAAAUGAUUUAACCUGCUUAAGUGGAUAUUUCUUUGGGUGAAUCAUUUUAAGUGGGUUAGCCAGUUUUAAUUAACACUUCACUUCAUUAACCAGAUUUAAGGAGACAUGUCCACAAGCUCGUCAUCUUACGUGAAGUGGGUUAGCCAGUUUUAGUGGAUAUUUUAGUUCGCUAACCACAUUUAAGGAAACUUUUCAUUGGCUCAUCAUCUUCACUGGACAGUUCAAAUGGGUUAUUUAUUUGUUGGCGUGAGCAUUUUGCCCAGUUUGCCCGUUUCACUGGAUGCUUCAAAGGGAGGGCAGAGGUUAAGCCCGUUUUAGUGGACUUUUUUUUUUCAGUUACCCAGCUUUAGUGCACAUGUUAAGUUAUAACGGACAUGUCAGUAGGUUAUCCACCAUCUUAAUCAUAUCUCACGAAGCUGUGAAGCAGUGUUGAUGUAUUAUCCAUGCAGUAUGUAAAACGUGAACAAAAUGAGCAAAAGGCCUGCUGUAAUAGGCUUUACAUGCACAUGCUUAUUGAUUAUGCACUCACUCGUGUGCAGAUGCAGAAAUCGUAGAAGAGAGGAGCAAUGCAGCUGGUGGUCUAGGAGGCUUCGAGAGGUGUAAUGAAGCGUGAAAACCAAACAGGAAGCUUUUAGACUUUGGUCAUUUGAACUUUACGCCAAUCGGUCAUCACGCCACACCAUUAAACUUGCCAGGUGCUAUCAGACUUAUUUGGGUUUGGUUUUAUUCUGUAUGUGCUUAGAUUGUCAGAUGGACGCAAAUGGAAAUGAUGUCGGAUAUUAUACACUCACCAGCCACUUUAAUAGGAACUUGUUCUGAGAUGCUUUUCUGCUCACCACGCUUGUAAAGAGUUGCUGUGUAUUGCCAUUGCUGGCCAUUUUCCCCUGACCUCUCUUAUCAACAGGAUGUCUGUUUCCACCCACAGAACUGUCCCUCACUCACUUGAUGUUUUUUUUGUUUUUCGCACCAUUCUGUGUAAACUCUACAGACUGUUGUUUGUGAAAACCCCAGGAGAUCAGCAGUUUCUGAAAUACUCGAACCAGUCCAUCUGGCUCAAACCAACACCCACGCCGCAGCGAAUUUGUAUCCGAGCAUGAUAUCUUGAUUUGUAUCUGCAUGAUUUGAUGCAUUGUGCUGCUCUCAAGGGAUUGGCUGAUUAGAGAACUGCAUAAAACAAACAGCAGGUGGAUGGGUGUUUCUAAUAAAGUGGCUGGUGAGUGUCUCGGAGUUUGUGUAGGACUGAUGUAAGCAUGCUUUCUUCAGUGAUUUCCUUCCAUCACGCUGAAAUCUGACCAAAUCAAAGCACCAGCUUCAGACACUACGUUUCUAAGUGUGGCCUGCAAUAAAGUUCAGAAGUCAUG